UUCCCUCCAAAACCUCUUCAUCUUAAUAAUAGAAACAGUUAACUAACACAAACAGAACCAAAGCGAGCGAAUAACUGAUACUCUAUACAUAUAUACAUAUAUAUCUCGAUCAAGAAUCCAACAUUUUUGCUGAGCUCUAAAUUAAUCCCAAUUGUUUUAAUUAGUACUGCAUGGAGCAAUUACCGCCCAAACCCCCGAUUAACAUGGCGCACAACUGGUCUUCAUUUCCAUUCCACAUGAUGCCGCCGCCGUCGCCGUCCUCCGCCGCGGCGCAUCCCAACUCAUGGAUGGACGAGUUCCUAGACUUCUCAGCCACUCGCCGGAGCUCCCACCGCCGCACCGUCAGCGACCCAAUUGCCUUCGUCGAAGAGCCGCCCGCCGCCCACCACCACAGCAACGGCGGCAACAAUGGGUUUGACAGGCUGGACGACGAGCAGCUGCGGAGCAUGUUCUCCGACGACGUCGUCGUGGCGGUGGGGCCCUCCACCAGGUCCUCGUCGAACCCUUCGUCCAGCGCCAACCCGUCAACGCCGUCGGAUCAGGAGAACAGUGACAAAUCGGCGGCGGAGCACCACCGCGUCCAGCUGAAGAAUGAACCUGGUGAGGUGGACAGCUCGUCCGAUAAUCCGGCGGCGGCGGCGGCGGCGGCGGCGGAUAACCCGACUUAUAAUAAGUCUUCUGAUAACACUUCCGGCGAUACUAUUGUUGACCCGAAACGGAUUAAAAGAAUCUUGGCGAACCGGCAAUCAGCUCAGAGGUCAAGAGUGAGGAAGUUGCAAUACAUUUCUGAGCUUGAAAGGAGUGUUACAUCAUUACAGACUGAGGUAUCGGCAUUGUCGCCGAGGGUUGCGUUUUUGGACCAUCAGAGACUUCUACUGAAUGUGGAUAACAGUGCUCUUAAGCAGAGGAUUGCAGCUUUGGCUCAAGACAAACUAUUCAAAGAUGCGCAUCAAGAAGCACUGAAGAAGGAAAUUGAAAGGCUAAGAAAAGUGUACCACGAACAGAGCAUCAAGAAGAUGGACGACAGAGCGGCCGGCGCCGCCGCAGCACCACCGCAUCAGGCAGCUGCGCCGCCGGUGGCUGCUUUCAACAGGCGGGGUAAUUGUACGGGCGAGGAAUAAUAAUAAUAAAAAUAAUGAGUUCGUGGGACUAGCUAGUAAAGCAUGAUUUGGGAGCUGUAACGCAUUUUUAACGAUUAAUUGGCCAAUUGGUGCAUGCGAGAUGUCACAUGGUGUGUCUCUAUCUAUAUCUAUAUCUAUCUCUAUAUAUAAUAUAUAUAUUUUUUUUCGUUUUUUUUCUUUUUAAAAAUCUAAUGUCGUGGUGGGACCCGCCUCGCCUGGUGAUUGGAGCCUGUGAGAAGGACACGUGGAACAGUUGCAGAUGACAUGACUUUAUUGUAGUGCUUCUUGAUUUGGGUAGGGUUUAAUUUCUUGGUUAAUUUCAAAAAUUCGUUUUUUCUUUAUUUUUAUUUUUUUGUAGUUUAAAUUGGUUGAAAGUCAACAUUGGGAGUCAAAAGGUAGGUAUUGGUUUGGUGUUGGGGUUGUGAGUAUUUACUUUUUCUUUUUUUGUAAUUGUAGGUUAGAAAUUCGUUAUCCAAGUUUCUUUUUUUG